ACAUCAUUUUUAUAGCAGAAAUAUGAAUGUUUAAAUCAUUCUUAUAGGUAAUAUUUUUCUGUUUUUAUCAUCUGUGUAACAAAUUACGUAGAUUAUAAAAUGGAGCAGGAGGAUGAAGAUUAUUUGGUUGAAACAAGGAAGACAAGCAAAUGCUCCAGAGGUUGCGCCAUAUUUGCAUUGAUUGUUUCCCUGUGUAUCGGUUUUUUACUUGGCUAUGUUGUAUCAAUGACAAUUCACAAAAAAUCAACUACCAAAAGGCACGAUGUGAAGUAUGACAAAUUUCACAACAUGGUGAAAAAUAGUAUCAGUAACAGUAGAAUUGAAGCCAACUUGAGGUCAUUCACAGAAAAAUCUCAUCGAGCUGGUGGACAAAACAGCUAUUCCUUUGCCCAAACAUUAAAGCAGAAAUGGAGUUCAUAUGGAUUGGAUAAUGUGGAGAUAAAACAGUACAAUGUCAUGUUAUCCAAGCCAAAGAGUUCAGGCUUCGUUUCAGUAAAGACUUCUAAUUCCACAGAAUUGUACAGAACUCAUCUUAAUGAAACUGUUUUGAUUCCAGGAGAAAAUGUUGAACAUGUUGUACCAUUUAAUGCAUAUUCUGCUAAAGGAGUUGCUCAGGGGCCCAUUGUUUAUAUUAACUAUGGCAAGAUGGAGGAUUUCCAUUAUCUCAGACAACACAACAUCAGUUUAAAAGGAAAGAUUGCUUUAUGUAGAUAUGGCAGAAUAUUUCGAGCAAAUAAAGUUAAACUUGCUGAAGAAGCGGGUGCCAUUGGUGUCAUUUUGUAUUCUGACCCAGCUGAAUAUUCUGUUGGUUCUAUAAAAUAUCCACAAACCUGGUGGCUUCCACCUGAUGGUGUUCAGCGAGGAACGAUCAGUUUGCUGGGUGCCGAUCCUCAAACACUGGGUGCUCCAGCUAUAGAUGGUAUUUAUCGUCUAAAUGAAAACAACACAGAUACACCCAAAAUCCCUGUGCAUCCUAUUUCGUAUUCAGAUGCUCUAGAAAUAAUGAAGUAUAUGGAUGGAACAGUCGCGCCUAAAGAAUGGCAAGGUGGAUUGAACUUCACGUACAGGAUAAACACUUCAGUGAAUAACACAAAGACGUUUACAUUAAACGUCGAUGUUGUAAAAACUGUCAACCAACCUGUUUACGAUGUAAUUGGGAAAGUUGUUGGUGCUGUGGAACCAGAUCGAAUUGUUAUGUUGGGAGUUCAUCACGAUGCUUGGGUUAUGGGAGGAUUGGAUCCAGAGAGUGGAACAGCUGUGCUUAACGAGGUGGUUCGUGCUGUUGGUGUGGCUGUGAAGAAAGGAUGGAAGCCUCGACGCACGAUUAUGUUUUGUAGUUGGGAUGCAGAAGAAUAUGGAUUGAUUGGUUCUACUGAAUGGAUUGAAGAGCAUGCGUCAUUAAUUUCAAAUCAAGUUGUUUCUUAUCUUAAUGUGGAUUCUGCAGUUCAAGGUAACUUCACCCUAUCUGCAAAAUCUUCGUCGCAAAUUGCAACAGUUUUGUUUCAAGCAGCUGAUCAGGUUGAAGAUCCUGACGCGCCUGGCUCAUCUCUUUUAAAAACAUGGACAAAAAAAACACCUGAGAAGAAGAACAUGGAAUAUCCAAGUGUGCGUGUGCCAGGUUCUGGAAGUGACUUUGAAACUUUCUUUGUUCGAUUUGGAAUUCCAGUCACAGAUAUCAGAUACACAUACGACAGGGACUCUUUUGACGAUACCCCAUCUCCUGCAACAUAUCACUCAUUGCAUGACACAUUUUAUUUCGCACAAAAGUUCAUGGAUCCAGAUUUUACACAUUGCGCUGCUGUUGGUAAAGUAUGGUCGCUAACAGCGUCCUUGCUUGCUGACUCAGCAUUUUUGCCCUUUAACUUUACAGAUUAUGCUAGACGGUUACAGACCUGUCAUGAUGAUUUCUUGAAAGAAUACUCGAUGAUAACUUCCAUAAAGGUUUUGAGAGAAGGCUUUGGAUAUGUUACGAAAGCAAUUCAAAAAUUUUCAACUGUUGCCGAGGAGUUCCAUCAACGCAUCAGCAAAAUUGAUACGCAUGAUGAUCUACAAGUGCGGAUGAUGAACGAUAAGAUGAUGGCGGUUGAAAGGGCGUUUAUUGCGCCCCACGGUCUUCCCGGAAGACCUUACAUCAAACAUGUAUUGUACGGCCCAUCCAGGUAUAACUCUUAUCGUGGAAAUUGUUUUCCUGCGCUUGUGGACGAUCUCCUGGAAGGAAAAUAUUACGAUGAUUACCGCAUCGAUCAACUGCGUAGAGAUAUAUCACAAAUUUAUCAAUAUAUUUUGCAGGGCGUUCAAGUCUUGCGGGUAUACUGAGAGAUUUUUUGUUUUUUUCGCGUUUUGUUUUGAACACAUUUUAAAAUAUAUUAGAAGUAAGUAAAAAAGUUAAUGUUGCAAAAUAGUUAAUAUUCUUUUUUUAAGAUUUUUUAAGAGUCCGAAGAUCACAAUUGCAUGGCUUACACUUUUAUUCCAUAUGAAACGUAAGGUUGUUUAAAAAUUUGAGAAUGACAUCUUCCAGUCAAAAACAAUGUUAUGAUAAUAUUUUAUGUAUAAAAUAAAUAAUACACAUUACAAUUUACAUUGUGCUGAUAGAUACAAAAUAUUAUGUUAAAAAUAGUAAGCACGUUAAUAUAUACCUUAGGAAUACAAGCAACACGACCCUCA